AUGCCUCAGAUGAAGCGGCCAGCGUCAAGUCAUGGCUCCAAUGGCAUGAAGCGGCCUGCCGCCUCGAUCAACGAGACGGUGAAUCAGAUGAGGCGUGGAGUCAGCGGGAUCCUUGACAAGCCUGUGGAUAAGGAAGAGGACCGUGAGCAGUCAGACCCUGAACAAGAAGAAGGCCGAGACAAGGCCAAAGGCCAAAAGUAUGCCAAGAUGAAGGACAGCUUGCCUGAGCACGUGAUUGACCUUGUCGAAAAAGAAUCGGCAAGGAGCUCAUGCCCUCGGGCCUUCAAAACAAAGGCCAUCAACAGGCUUUUCAGCAAGGACAAGAGUGGCAAGCUGGUCUUGAACCUCGAAGAUGAUCUGUUCACAGAACACAAGCGCAUCUUUACCAAGCGGUAUUCGAAGGAGCAAGAUACCGCACUACCAGAAUCGAUCAUCAAAGGGUUGUAUUUCCACAAUUCCAACACUGCGUUCGACUCUGCAGUCCAGAACGGUGACAUCGUUCCAGUGGAUUGCAAUGGAAAGCGGAUGUGGACCUUCACGACAUUCAAGCGUGGCAGGGAGGAUGCCAAUGUGACGGAGCAGGAUUUGACCCAGAAGAAGAAAGUCAACAAGGCGACUGCCAAGCAGCUUACAGAUGCUUUUGAAUCUGUGCAGUGGCGUUGGAACUACAGCGAGAAGGAUUGCAUGAAGUUGACCCCCGGAAAGGCCAUCCCCAAAGCUAUCCACGACCUCAUCAAGGAUGCCGCUGACAGUCAGGCGAGGCUCCAAAAGGAAGCAGCCGCACUCAUCAAACAGUGGCCAUCAGAGAUGCAAGACAAGAAGCUCAGCAGCCUGAAGCAAGGGCAUGGUGUGUGCGCCCAGCAUGUGGCGAAGUUGAGCCACAUGACGGAAUUUGGGGAACUCCCAGGAGGGAUGGAGUCGACCAAAGAAAAUCUCGACGCCAUGAUGUUGGAGAUUGCAGAGCAUACGCAGGAGUACAACGAGUUGGUUGAGGUGGCCCGGGCCAUGAUCAAGGCUGCUUAUCAGGAUGCCCAAGACAUGAAACACAACAAGACCUCUUUGGCCGAUUUGGAAAAGAUGGCAGCCAUUGGAUCUCACGGAUUCUAUGCAAACAAAUGCUAUUCUGGUUUGAUGAAAUCUUUGCCAGUGCCAGUCCAAAUUCCGCAAAUGACUGUUGGCCGCUUGCCCUUCCAAGGAGGAAAGUGGCUGCAACAAGCUUUCUUGUUGCCUCAUGAGCUGUUUUCUUGCAUUUACCAUUCUUUCCCAGACACAUGGGCCAAAUGCAUGGUGCCCGCAAAGGAGCGGCUACAGAGCUUUUGGAGGAGCAACCGUGAACACCCUGCAAUGGCUGCUUCUGACCUGCCCACCAAAGAAGGCUAUGAUCACCUUGCCGUCCCUAUAUCAAUGCACGGCGACGACGUGCCCAUCACAGGAAUUGGGAAAUCUUGGGCAGCUUUGAUGACAGUCUUUAGCUGGAGCAGCAUGGUGGGGACAGGGACGACUGCAGACAUGCAAUGGUUCAUCUACGGUUGCUUUGAGAAGAAGCGGGUGAUUGAUGAGGACCAGUCAAAAGACACCAUGGGAGUUUUCUUCAAGAUCCUCCAAUGGUAUGACAAGGCUAGCGUAUCCGGAAAGAGAGCCCUCAAGCAGCUGGCCAGUGGCCACUACGGUGUCUUGUGGGGGGUGCUGGGAGACCUCGAUUACAUGAACAAGGUCUUGCUCCUACCCAAGAGUACUCUGGCCUCCGGGCCAUGUUCUUUAUGCAAAUGCACUGGUUCUGGCCCACUCGCGUGGACAGACUUCCGCAAAACAGCAGGUUGGCGAGGAGUACAGUGGACGGCGGCCGAGUGGAGAGUGUGGCCCGGUCGCUCAAAAAGCCCACUUUUUGAUUAUCCCAACUUUUCGCCGUGGAACAUUUGUAUGGAUUGGCUCCACGCCAAAUAUUUGGGCCUGGACCAAUUGGUCUAUGGAAGCAUUCUUAGCUUGCUGUGCUAUCAUGUGAUGGCACCUAAGGGCACACCCCAAUAUUGUCUCGGAUUGGUCUGGACGGAGAUCCAACGUUGCUACAAAAUGUGGGACACCCCUUGCCGUUACAGGUAUCUCAACAGGCUAUCGAUGUUCCAGCGCAGGACGCCGCAGUAUCCCAAGCUUCGAGGAAAAGGAGCGGAGAUUAAGUAUCUAUGCAGACCGCUUCUUUCUGUGUGGGAAAAGUUCUCAAACCCACAGCUGAAGAUCCACAAACUGAUUCACCUGUACUUGAAGAUAAACUGUGAGGUAGAAGAAAUGCUUAUCACCCACAAAAUGGAGAUGAGCUUGCCAUCUGAAGAAGCUGCGAAGUUUGAAGAGUUGGUGGAACACAUGUUGCUGGUUUUGACAUCAAUCGCGGACCAUUUUAUUGGGGACAAGCUUUUCGGGUUGACCCAGAAGGCCCAUUUCAUCCAGCACCUUGCGCUGCUGGCCAAGUACUUGAACCCUCGGAUGGUCUGGUGUUUCAUGGGCGAAUAUCACCAGAAAAGGAUGUCUGGUCUUGCAAAGACAUGUGUCAAGGGGCAGCAAGCUGGACAAACAAUCUUCAAGAUGUUGCACCGCUACCGGCUGGCUUUGGAGCUGCAGUUUCGCCAGCACACCAGUUGA